UGGAAAGGUAGAAGGCCAGCCCAAUGGUGACACAAUCCCAGCUGAGCAAGCCAACCCUUCAGAUGACACUGUUGCUGGUGCUGGGAGUCGUCAGAAUGAUCAGAUAGUGCAGAAAAUAGAGGAAGUGCUCUCUGGAGCCCUUGAUACAGAGCUACAGUGCAAAUCAGAUGUAGACAAAAAUACUGUGAAAAAUAGUACUCAGUCUACAAAAAGAAGCUCUACUGGUGAAGAUGAAAUUCCUAGGAAAAAAUCAAAGAAGAACAAGAAACACAAAAGCAAAAAGAAGAAGAAAAAGAAGAAGAAAAGAAAGAAAGAGAAGAAGCAUAAAAAGCAGGCAAAGGAGGCAAAGUUGAGUACACGUCAUCCAGAACAUGCAGACUUGCAGCCUGUCACUCACGUGAUGCCAGAGAAGUCAAGUAUACAGCAUGGAGGAUUUGGAGAUGCAAAUCUGGCUGUCCGUGUGCAGCCAGAGGAACUGUGCUUACAAGCAAGUGAGGAGCUUGAUAGACAAGCUUUAGGACUUGUUUCUCAUUCAAGAACUGAUUUUCAGCAAUCUACAGAAAACCUUGGAAGUGAGAAGGGGACUUUAUGUGCCACGCAUCCUCCAUUUAGUUCAGAAGGCAGUCAAUCUGAUAUCCAAGCAAAUGCUAGUAUAACUCAAAUUUGCACUAGAGGAGAACAAACUAUACGGUCUCAUGAAAAUAUUUAUCCUGUAGCUACUAACAUGAGUGAAAAGGGUGUUCUUAUUGAUACUGGAAAUGAUAAUUUGUCUAGCAUCCAAUCUGGAGUUGCCAAUAAAUAUGAAAUUCAGAAAGACUCAGCAGCACCUCUAGCUUCAGAGGUAAUAGAAGCACUAAAAGAUUCAGAAGUUAUUCUGAAAUCUAAAGGCACUGGGGAAGUAAAAACUUUGGAUAAAGCUCUUGAGUCUCAGACCAUAGAUGUGUUGAAAUAUUCAGAAGCAUCUCUACAGUCUGUGGCACGAGGGCAAGCAAAAGAGUUAGCAGCUUCAGUGUCUUUGCCAAGUGAUGCAACAGCAAUUCCUCACAUGUCUGUGACCAUGGAAGAAGUGAAAAUUCCAGAAGCAACUGAAAAAUACUUGCAUAUGGGAAGUGUGGAAAGAUCAUUGGAAUUUGGAGGUGCGAGCAGAACUUUAGAGUCUGCCCUGAAGCCCUCAAUUGUAUCUGAUAAUCUGAGAGGGAUGCAGUGCAGCACCAUGGAGGGUUCAAGUAUCUUGAAGGCAGAUGUAUCUUUUCAGCAUCCUUUAAAAAUAGCUGCAGUGACUGCUGUCACCCAGGUGGAAGUGAAAAAUGCCAGAACACCCCUGGGACCAGGAGCUGUUACAGAAAUGAAGGGUUUUGAACCAGCUGGGACAUCUGUGCAUGUGGAAAAUGUGAAAGCUUUGGAAGAAGCUCUGCAGCCAGUUGCUGCAGUAAAAUCCAAAACUUUGGAAGCAGUCAUGGAACCUAUGGGUGUUUUAGCAAAAGAUGUUAAAGCAGCUCAAGAAUGUCUGCAAGUUGAAGUAAUCAAAGAUGUGGAAAGUACCACUGCUCCUGCAGCAGUGCUGAGUGCAUCAGGAGUGUUCGUACAACCGCAAGUCUUGACAGAAACAAGAAGUGUGUGCAGAACCCAGGAAUCUGCACUUCCAACAGAACUGACAAGUGUAAAUGUGGUUGCAGGAGCAACCAUGGAAGUUCUGGCACCAACAGGAGUAAAAGGUCAAGAAAUAAGUCAAGCUACUCUGCAACUGGAAAAUACUAAUGCUUCGAAAAUGUUGGAAUCUGCUCAGAAGCCUGUAGCUGUAACAGAGGCAAAAUAUUCAGAAGGUACUUAUUUAGUGACGCAACCAGAUGAGCUGAGAGGAUUGAGAUUCGAGAGUGAAUCAGACAUGAGAAGACCGGAAGAAGAUGCAGCAAAGAUACAAGCUUCAGAAGCAGUCUUGCGGCCCGUAGCCCUUGCAGUGGCAAGGGGUUUGGGACAUGAUGAGCGUUCUGAAGCCAGAAUUGGUAGCAAAGUUUUGGAAGCAAGUCCAGGACUUCUUGCCUUAGAAGAAAGAUUGGCAAGGACUCCUCAGUCUGUGGUUGCACAUGUAAGCAUGGAAGCAUCUGGAGAGUCUGAGGCAUUGGCAGGAAUGAUGCAUUUGAAAACCACAGCAGAGAGAGAACCAAAACAUGCAGAAGUGGUUGCAGAAGCUCUUGGUGCAAGCAAGACAAAGAGUUCCAUCAUUUCACAGUUUCAGGUCAUGACACAGACAAGAACCUCACAAACUGAGGUGGUAGAGGAGAGAAAAGAUUCUGAACUAGCUGCUGGUUCUGCCGCUGUAGAAGUAAGAGGUUUAGAUAGCUUGUCGGAAGUUGAGGCAGUUGCAAAGGUAAAAGAUGGGGAAGCAAGAUCAAAAACUUCACACUUAACGCAAAUGAAAAGUUUGGAAAUGUUUGUGGGAUCUGAAACGAGGCCUCUAAUGCAAGGCUUGGGAAAGACAUUGACAUCUGAGAUGGUUAGAGAAAUGAGGUAUUCUGAAACUGCUCCAGAAGAUACAAACAGUGCAGAGGCAAGGAGCGAAGAAGCAGUGCUAGAACCUGUGAAAACGGUGACAGUGGAAACUUCAGAAACACAUUCAAAAUAUGUACAGGAACAAGUAGUAGGUCAUUCGGAAGCAGUACUGGAGAAUUUGCCUGGACUGGAAGAAAAAACGAUGGCAUCAGAAAUAAUGACAGAAGGGAGGAACUUGAAAGGAACUCCAGAAUCUAAGAUACUGACAGAUGUGAGAACUCCAGGACCUACUGUAGAAUAUAUAAUUGCAACAAGAAGAGCAAGCACACCAAAAAAUGAGUCCUCACUUACAAACAUAAAAGAUUUGGGUGAAGUUUCAGAGACUGAGACAGCAAUGAAAGCAAAACAAUUGGAGCCAGUUUCAGAAACAAGAGAAGCGAGGUUGUUGGAAAGUAUGAAAGAGCCUGAGGCAGUGGAGGUGAAAGAUUCUGAAGCAGUCGAGGAGCCUGAGGCAUGCAUGGAUACCCAAGGGUUGGAAAUUUCCCAAAGGUCUGUAAAUGUGGGGCUGGUGACUGUUUCAGAAGCCGUUCCAGAGUCUUUGCACACAGAAAAGCAAGAACAUCUAAAAGCAGUUCUAGAAGUAAAAUCUGCUGCACCAUGGAAGAGUACAGAAGAGGCUUCAGAAAUCUUGAGUGCAGCUCAAAUGAAAUCUUCUGAAGCAGUUCCAAAAACAGGGGACAUGAAAAAUGUGGAAACACUGCAACAUGAAGUGGCAGCAGAAGUACAAUAUGGAGAAGGGGUGCAGGGUCAACAAAUGGAGGGUGUGACAGUUCCAAGUCAAGCUCAGGAAUGUGAGAUACUGGUUGAGAAGAAAGAUGCACAGCAAACUCAAGUAUCUGAGCCCUUAAUAGCAGAAACAGAUUUUAGUUCUUCACAUGCAGCAGAUGAAAAAGCUUCAGCAGGGACUUGCGAAUCUGAAAUAAUUGGAGACACGAAACAGUUGGAAGCAACUCUGUCUCCUGUGGCAGAAACAAAAGAUUUGGAAAUGGUUCCUCUUCCUGAGACCAUUAUAGAGCCAAAAGAUGCAGAAGCAGCCGUGGGGUUGGAGACUGAAACAAAACAUUUAGAAGCAGCUCGAGUACCCGAGACUGUAACAGAAGCAGUUCCACUACUUCCAGCAGAGACAAGCCAGUUGGAAGUUGUUCCACAGGAUGAGGCUGAAAGAGAAGCAACUCCGGAACGGGAAUCAGAGAAAAGAGAUUCAGAAACGUCUGAUGUGCAACCUGACGUGGCAGCGCGAAUGAAGGAGACUCUGAUGAGACUUGAGAAAGUUAUUGAAAAAAGUAGCCAUAGAAGCAGUGAUAAAAAACACGAUGCCAAGAAACAAAAAAGGAGUCGCUCCAAGUCUCAGUCCAGGUCUAGGAAGCGGAAGAAAAAAUCAAGAUCACGUUCUACUUCCAGGCGUUUGACUUCUAAAAGAGCACGUUCGAGGAGCAGAAACUAUUCAGAUUCCAGAAAAAAGCAUUCCAAAUCCAGAUCUCAAUCAAUGGAGAAGAGAGAGAGAAGAUUGUCUUCCCGAAGAUCCAGGCGCAGACGUUCUGUGUCGUCUGACCGUUACAGGUCUAAAUCAAGAUCAGCAGAAAAGAGAGGGAGCAGAUUGUCCUCUGGGAGGUCCAGACGUAGACGUUCCAGGUCGUCUGACCGCUACAGAUCCAAAUCUAGAUCAGUGGAAAAGCGAUUGUCUUCCCGAAGAUCCAGACGUAGGCGUUCCAGAUCCUCUGACCGCUACAGAUCUAAGUCCAGGUCAGUGGAAAAGCGGUCUAAGUCUAGGUCAUUGGAAAAGCGACUGUCCUCCCGAAGGUCUGGGCGCAGACGUUCCAGGUCUUCUGACCGCUACAGGUCUAAAUCACGGUCAGUGGAAAAGCGGUUGUCCUCUCGAAGGUCCGGGCGCAGACGUUCCAGGUCUUCUGACCGCUAUAGGUCUAAGUCUAGGUCAUUGGAAAAGCGACUGUCCUCCCGAAGGUCUGGGCGCAGACGCUCCAGGUCAUCUGACCGUUACAGGUCUAAAUCACGGUCAGUGGAAAAGAGGGGGAGCAGGUUGUCCUCCUGGAGAUCCCGCCACAGACGUUCCAGGUCCUCUGACCGUUCCAAAUCUAGAUCCAGGUCUUCAGAAAAGAGAGGCAAAGAAUACUCCUGGAGGUUCAGAAAUAGAGGGUCUGGCUCCUCUGAUCGUUCAAAAUCUAGGUCAAGAUCUGUUGAGAAGAGAGGUCGGAAGGCAUCUGUACGAAGGUCUAAACGUCAGCGCUCAAAGUCCUCUGACCGUUACAAGUCUAGAUCCAGAUCAGUAGAAAAAAGAGACCGAAAACAGUCAUCACGCAAAUCUAAACGUCAGCGCUCAAAGUCCUCUGAUCGUUACAAGUCUAGAUCCAAAUCAGUUGAAAAAAAGAAGGAGUCCUCACGAAAAUCUAAGCGUCGCCGCUCCAAGUCCUCUGACCGUUACAAGUCGAGGUCUAGGUCUGUUGAAAAAAAGCGCAAAGAAUCUUCAAAAAAGUCCAAACGGAAACGUUCCAAGUCCUCUGAUAGUGUCAAGUCAAGAUCCAAAUCUGUAGAAAAAAGAGAGAAUAAGUUAUCCUCAGUGAAAUGCAGUAGCAAGCAUGCGGAGUCUUCUGAGCUUCAGGAGUCAACUAAAUGUCUUGAAAAAGCAGAAGUUCCUGAACUUUCUCUUGCAAGUGAAGGUAGCUCCUCCAAAUCCUCUAAUGGUCCCAUGUCAGUAUCUUUGUCUGAUGAAAGAGUAAAUGGCCCAGAGCUGCCACCAGCAUCUGAAAGUGGAUUUUCUGAAACUUCUGAUAGUCUUGAGAAAAGCUCCUUACCUCUUGAAAAAGCAGCUGGUCUGCAGCCUUCUGUUGUCUCUGAAUUUGACAGUUCCAAAACCCCAGAUGACCAGGAGUCCAUGCCUGUAGAAAAAAACCAGGUUUCAGAGCUUUCUGUGACAUCUGAAAACGUAUCAACUGAAAAAGCAGUAGCUCUGGAGUCUUCAUCACUACCUGAAAACUACACAUCCAGGUCAAGAUCCUCAUCUGUUGAAAAAAGAGGAGAUGCAGAGACUUCUUUGGUAACAGAAUCUCAGCCCUCUGCAUCCCAUGAAGAUGAGUCGAGAUCUGCAUCUCUCAGAGAAGUAGAGGGUCCAGAACCUCUUCUAACAUUUGAAAGUGGAUGCUCUGUGUCUUCUGAUUACAAGACAAUCUCCUCAUCCUCUGGAAGAACAGAGGUUCAAGGGUCUUCUCUGAUGUUUGAAGGUGUACGCUCUGAGUUGUCUGAUAGACAUGAAUUGAGGCAUACCCCCAAUGAAAAAACAGAGCUUCAGAAUUUUUUGCAAGUACCUGAAGGUGAAUCUUCCAGGUUGGCUGACAGACCUGAGUCUUUUCAAACAGUAGAGGCUCAAAAAUCUUCUCUAGCACAUGAAGUUAGAUGCUCUGUGUUCCCUGACGUCUGUGAGCCAGGGUCCUUGCCUGUUGAAAAGGGCCAGAUGCAGGAGCCUUUGGCUUCUGACAGUGGAUGCUUCAGGUCUCCUGAUGGAUAUGAAUCAAGAUCAAGCUUUGAAGCACAAACAGAGCAGCUUCUGCCAAUGUCUGAAAGUGGGUCCUUCGAGUCACCUGUUGGAAAUAGACAAAGAUCUUUAUCUGUUGAAGAAGUUAAUGCCUCAGAUAUUUCCCUGACAUCUGAAUGUGGUCCUGUAGAGAUCUCCAAUGACUUAAUUUCAGCGUCAUCUUUUGAAAAAACACAGGAAAUGGUGCUGACAAGUGUAGGACAAAGUUGCAAGUCUUCUGAAGUUCAUGAGGCCGUGUCAUCUGUUGACAGAGAUUUAGAUGGUCCAACGCUUUCACAAAUGCUUGAAAUUGACUGCUCUGAAUCUUCUGAAAGGAAUGAAUCGAGAUACCUCUCUGCUGGAAAAAUACAGGGUGCAGGAUCAUGUUUGAUUUCUACAACUGGGAUUCCUGUGUGCCAUGAUGGCCAUAAAUCAAAACAUAGUUACUUUGAGAAAACAGAAGGUGGAGAACUGUCAUUGGCAUCUGAGUUGAGAUGUUCUGUCAUCCCUGAAGGCUAUGAAUUGGCAUCCACUGCAGUUGGAAAAAUUGAGGUACAGAAGCCUCCUGUCUUACUGGAAAAUGAGUUCUCCAAACCUGCUGAGGUUUAUGAAUCAGUAGGCACAUGUACUGAAAAACUACAUGCCUCAGUGACUUCUCUGACAUCUGAUGGUGGGUGUUUCCUGUUGUCUGAUAGUCAUGAAUUGAGACCUAUCCCUGCUGCAAGAGUAGAGGUGCAGAAGUCAUCUGACCCGAAAGGCAUUGCAUCCCCUGAUGGCCACAACUUGAGAUCUGCCUCUGAUGAAGAAAUACAGGUGCAGGAGCCACCUCUGAUACUGGAAAGCAGAUGUUCUGUUUCCUCUGAUGCUCAUGAGUUGACAUCCGCACAUUUGGAAAAAGUUGAGGUAGAGGAGAAUGAGUAUACAAUAGUGCUUGAUGGCCCAGAGUUGACAUCAACCCCUGCUGAUAAAACAGAGAUGCAGGAGAUUUAUCAAAUGUCUGAAGAAAGAUAUUCAGUGUCUGUUGAGACUCAGGAGUUGCAGUUGCCCUCUGUUGAAAAGAUAGACAUGCAAGAAUCUGCUCUGCCAUCUGAAAAUGAAUAUGCUGUAUCUUGGGUGGGCCAGGGGUUGAGAUCUAGCUCUCCUGCCAAAGUAGAGAUGCAGGAGGUGUCAGUAGUACCUGACAAUGAAUAUGCUGUGUCUUGUGAAGAUCACAAAUUGCCAUCUUCCCUUGCUGAAAAAACAGAAGUGCAGGAAUGUUGUCUGCUGCCUGAAAGUGAGUGUGCUGUAUCUCCUGGGGACCAGAUGGCAGCCAUCACAGCUGAAAAAGAGGUGCAGGGGCCUUCUCUGACAUCUGACAGUGAAUGUACCAUCUUCCAUGAAGGCCAAGGAUUACAGUCUACCUUUGCUGAAAAAACAUCGUCGCAGCAGCCUUCAGUAGUAUUGGACAGUCAAUAUGCUGCAUCACUUGAAGGGCAGGAGUUUCUCUCUGCUGUUGCUGAAAAAACAGAGGUGCAGGAAUGUUCUUUGCUAUCGGAAAAUGAGUAUGAUGUAUCUAGUCCUCUUGAAAAAGAAGAAGCGGAGGAACCUUCAGAAACAUCUGAAAGUGAAAGUUCAAUGUCCACUGACAGUCAGGAGCUGCAGUCUACGGUUGUUGGGAAAACCGAGGUGCAGGAGUUGUCUUUGUCCGAAGGUGAAUGUACCAUGUCCCCUGAAGAUCAGGAGCUGCCGUCUAGCCCUGCUGAAAAAAUAGAGGCUAAGGAGCCUUCUCUGACAUCUGAAAAUGAACAUGCUCUAUCCCCUGAAGAGUACGACUCAAGAUUGACUCAUGCUGAAAAAUCAGAGGAUAUGGAUUCCCUGACAUCUGAAAAUGACCAUCUUUCAUCUUUCAAGAGCCAGGAGGUAAGAUUUCCUACUGUUCAGAAAUCAGAUGUGCAGGAGCUUUCUCCAACACCUGAAAAUGAAGAUGCAGCAUACCCUGAUGGCCAGGAGGUGAACCUCUCCACUGUUGGGGAAGUAGGUGAACCUUUGAUGCUAAACGAUAGAGCCUCUAUGUCCCAUGAUGACUUGAAAUCCAUCCGUGUUGAAAAAAUGGAUGAUUCAAUCCCUUUAAUGCCUGAAAGUGGGUGCUCUGUGUCCCCUGAUGGCUACAGUGUGAAAUCUGGCCCUGGUGAAGAAACGGGGGAUCUAGAGCCUUCUUUGAUAUCUGAACGUAGACAUUCCACAUCCUCAUACCAGGAAGGGCAUGAGCUGAAAUCUCCUGUGGAGGAAGAGGGUCUAGAGUCCUCUUUGGCUUCUGAGCAUAGACGAUCUGUGACCCCUGAGGGCAAUGACCAGAAAUCUACUGUAGAUGAAGAAACAGAUGAUUUGGAGCCUUCUUUGACAUCUGAACAUAGGCGCUCCAUGUCCCCUGAUGAGCAUGAGUCAAGAUCUAGCAUUGGUGAAGAAGGAGAGUAUCUGGAGCAGCCUUUGACAACAGAACGUAGAGACUCUGUGUCUUCUGAUGACCAUGAUUCCGGGUCUACUGCUGGGGAAGAGGUAGAGGAUGCAGAACCCUCCUUGGCAGCUGAACGAAGAGAUUCCACAUCAUCUGAUGAGCAUGAGUCAAGGUCUACUACUGGUGAAGAUGCAGAAGAUGGUGAGCCUUCUUUGGCAGCUGAACGUAGACACUCUACGUCCUCCGAUGACCGAGAGUCAAGGUCUACAACUGGUGAGGAAAUGGAGGAUUUGGAGCCCUCGACAGCUGAACAUAGAGGCUCCAUGUCUCCUGAUGGACGUGAGUCAAGGUCAACCACUGGUGAAGAAGCAGAGGACCAGGAGCUGUCUUUGACAGCUGAACGUAGGCAUUCCACAUCAUCAGAUGAACACGAGUCGAGGUCUACCACCGGUGAAGAUGUGGAGGAUAUGGAAACCUCCUUGACAGCUGAACGAAGAGAUUCCACAUCAUCUGAUGACCGUGAGUCAAGGUCUACCACUGGUGAAGAAGUGGAGGAUAUGGAACAUGCUUUGACAACUGAACACAGACGUUCCACGUCCCCUGAUGGGCGUGAAUCGAGGUCUACCACUGGUGAAGAACCAGAUGAUGUGGAACCCUCUUUGACAGCUGAACGAAGAGACUCCACAUCAUCAGAUGAGCGUGAGUCAAGGUCUACCACUGCUGAAGAGGGUGAGGAUGCGGAGCCCUCUUUGGCAGAUGAAGAUAAACAGGAUUCCAUGCCUCUUGAGAGGCUGGAGGAACAGGACUCUUCCUUUUUACCUGAAAGUAGGCGUUCCGAGUCUUCUGAACGUGAAAAAUCUAGAUCCAAAUCUGUUGAUAAAAUGUCUGACAAAGAGUCUUCACGAAGAUCUCUAAGUAGACACUCAAAGUCUCCUACAUGCCAAAAGAGUCGAUCCACGUCUGUUGAAAAAACAGCAGACAAAGAGUCUUCACAGAGAUCUAGACGUAGACGUUCCAGGUCUGCUGCUCACCAGAAGAGUCGAUCCACAUCUAUUGAGAAAACAGCAGACAAAGAAUCUUCACGGCGGUCUAGACGUAGACGCUCAAGGUCCGCAGCUCACCAAAGGAGUCGAUCGACGUCUGUUGAAAAAACAGCAGACAAAGAGUCUUCAUGGAGGUCUAGACGUAGACGCUCCAGGUCCACUGGUCACCAAAGGAGUCGAUCCAAAUCUAUUGAGAAAGCAGCAGACAAAGAAUCUAGAAGGUCUAGAAGCAGACGCUCCAGGUCUUCCCAGCGCAGAUCCCAGAGAUACGAUACAGAGUCUCGCUCUAGACGGAAUCGCUCCAGAUCAGUGACACGGAGGAGAGCAUCAAGAUCAAAAUCUAACCGUCGCUCUCGAUCUAGCUCAUUGUCGCGUUCAAGGCACAGAAGGAGAAGUAGGUCAAGGUCAGCAUCAAGAAGACGGCGUUCUUUAUCAAGAGACAGACGUAAGAGAUCUCAGAGAAAUAGAUCAAGAUCUACUGACAGAAGAAGAAGAAGGUCAGAUUCAAGAGAUCGUAGAAUAUCACUCAGGUUACGGAGCAGGAGUCGAACACCGAUUCGUCAAAGGCGAUCAAGGUCGAGAGGAAGAAGACGGAGCUCUAGUAGGUCACCCAUUCGACUACGACGAUCAAGAUCCUCAGGAAGAAGAAGAUACAGCAGAUCCCCUGAUCGUCGGAGGUCGAGGUCGUCGGAACGAUUUUCAAGCAGGUCACCUAAACGUCUUACAGACUUGGACAAGGCCCAGCUACUUGAAAUAGCCAAAGCUAAUGCGGCUGCCAUGUGUGCUAAGUCUGGUGUUCCAUUACCACCAAGCCUGAUGCCUUUGUUAUCUCAAAAGAAAGACGACAAAGCCAAUCAGAAGUCAUCAAGAGAUACACUAAAGGAGCUCACUGAGAAAUGCAAGAAGAUUGCUCAAAGCACAGAUGAUGUGAUAGUGAAUAAGCCUCAUGUUUCUGAUGAAGAGGAGGAGGAGCGUCCUUUCUAUAACCAUCCUUUUAAGCUCAGUGAACCCAAACCUAUUUUUUUCAACUUAAGUACUCCCAGCAUAAAACCAGCACCACCACCACAACCAAAAAAUCAAGUCAGCCUGUCAAAGGAAUUUCCUGUUUCAUCUGGGUCUCAACAUAGGAAAAAAGAAACAGAUAGUGUCUAUGGAGAAUGGGUUCCAGUUGAAAAAGGCAAAGAAGAAAGCAAGGAUGAUGUUUUCCCCAAACCAUCCAUUGAGGGUGUGGACAUAACUACAGCUAUGAACGAUCGAGCACUGGCUCAGAAAAGGCUUAAUGAGAAUACAUUUGAUUUAGAAGCCAUGUGCAUGUUAAAUCGUGCACAAGAACAGAUUGACGCCUGGGCUCAAUCAAACUCCAUACCUGGCCAGUUCACAGGAAGUACUGGAGCACAGAUACUGUCCUCGGAUGAGCUAACCAACAGUGGUCCUCAAGCGUGGAUUAGAAAGGAUCAGUUCUUAAGAGCAGCCCCUGUAACUGGAGGAAUGGGAGCUCAGCUGAUGAGAAAAAUGGGCUGGAGAGAAGGAGAAGGGCUCGGAAAAAACAAAGAAGGCAGUGUUGAGCCUAUUAUGGUCGAUUUUAAGACGGAUCGAAAAGGGCUUGUUGCUGUGGGAGAGAAGGCACAGAAGAGAUCUGGACAUUAUGUUGUGAUGAAGGAUCUUUCAGGUAAACAUCCAGUUUCUGCAUUGAUGGAGAUCUGCAACAAAAGAAGAUGGUCACCACCUGAAUUUGUGUUGGUAGAUGAUAGUGGGCCUGAUCAUCGCAAACAUUUUAUCUUUAAGGUGAGAGUCAAUGGAAAUGAAUAUAGGCCUACUUUUGCCAGCCUUAAUAAGAAGCAUGCUAAAGCCACAGCAGCAACUGCGGCUCUCCAAGCGAUGGGACUUGUACCAAAGGAAAGCAUGGUUAAUACCACCAUGUUUAGGAGUGCCUCACACCGCUAGAUAUUGUUUUUUAUAUUGACAUUAUUUCAAAUAAUUAUACUCUGCACAAGAAUGGUAUUUGCCCUGUCAUGUUGUAAAUACGUCGGCAAUUCCCACGUUGUAAAAACUGUACAGACACCUUCAGGUUUUUCUUUUGUACCAUCAAAAUGUAUUUAAAUCAUACUUAGUUUUUGGUAUGUUUAUAUUGUUUACAUUAGUGAUGUAAUUAUUUCUUAAAUGACUAAAUUGGACGACAGACUCUGGAGGCAUCAGUAAUCUAAACCCUUGUUCAGAACCUCACGCAGUUCCUCUCCAGUCCGGAGCGUCGGCGCUGUUGUGCCACGCUGCAGUGCCUGG